UAAUAAUAAUAAUAAUAAACAGGGAUUUCGUCGCCUAUAAAUAUAAUUGAGGCGGUUCUACUCUCGACGCUCACUUUAAAAAUUUCACCCAAAAUCCAUCACUAUAGUAGUCAGUCCCAGUCCAAUUUUCCGGCGACAUGAGAGCCAUUUCCCCCUCCUCCUCAGCCGCCAUCGCACCGCCGCCACAGACGGCGGCAAUCUGGCAGCGAACUUCAUGGCACUCGCCGGUGCCGUAUCUAUUCGGCGGGCUGGCGGCGAUGGUGGGUCUGAUCGCCUUCGCGCUGCUGAUCCUCGCCUGCUCGUACUGGAAAUUGUCGACCCAAGAAGAAGAAAGAGAUUUAGAGAGCGGAAAUAAUGAACAAACCGACGAGAAAAUCAAAGAGCUGUCGGAAACGAAGGUUUACGAAGAGAAGAUUUUGGUGAUCAUGGCCGGCGAUCAAACGCCCCGUUUCUUGGCCACGCCGGCGACCCCCAAUUUUCCCUCCGUCAACUCCCAUUCUAAUGAUGAUGACGAAGCUGACUGAAUUAGGACUAAUAAUUAUCUUUCUUUUUUUUUUUUUUAUAACCAAAGUUACCAAUUUUUGGGUGUAAUGAGAAUGUAAAUUUUAGAACAGAAAUAAUUAAAUUUUG